AUGAAUUUGAUGGCACAGGGCGUAGUGCUGGUGCUGCUGCUGCUGCUGAUGAUGAUGAUGGCCACUACGAGCCGCUGCCGCUUGACAGCCUUCCUGCCGCGCCAUUGCUGCUGUACGGCUUCAGCGAUCUUUUUCUGCCCCGACAUGCCUACUGGCCCCGCAGCGUCUAUGUGUGUGGAUUCUGGCAGCCGCCUGUUGAAUGGUGCGGGGCGUGGCGGGCAAAGGUGGCUGAGGGGAUGCCGAGAGGGGAGGGGAGGGUGUGUGUGCAAUACGGCAGGUUUCACACUCGUGUGUGCCGGUUUGCGGGACAGCAGCUUCCGGCCUCCGCCGCCAGGCUCGUCGCGAUGGUGCCUGGUGGAUUUUGGCAGCAGUGGCCGAUUGGGCCUUAUCCCGAGCCCGUUCGCCACCCUGGAGCGUCUGGACCGUGUCCUGCAGGAUCUAGGAAUUGGAGGCUGGUUGCCGCUACACCAGGCAGCGGAGGAGCUCCGAAACCGCCACCCUCAUCACGGCCAGCAUCAUGAUUACCAGGACGGGCGGGAGGGAGCGGCUGGGUCUGUGGCCGAUGACGAAGAGAGGAGGGCAGCGGCGACGACGGCAGCGGCAGCGCGGGGCCCACCGGCACCGGCACCGGCUGCCGCAGGGGUUCAUGAUUUAGGGAAGGAAACUCCGACGGAGGCCUGUACGGGAGUCGAUGACGGCGGUGGCAGCGGUGAGGAUGAUGACGACGACGACGACGCAACGGCCGCAGGCGCCAGUAUGGGGUUGGAGAUCAUUUGCCCCCUCCAUUUCGACCAACCAUUUGGGGGGUACCGCGUAGCGCAUUUGGGCCUCAGCCCGCCAACCCUGGACCGAGACGUGCUGUUUGGGUCGUCCUCAGAUUUCGUCGGCUGGGACGACGCCCUCGGAGCUCCACGCGGUGGUAAUUUGGAUGAUGAUGACCCACGGGUCGGUAUCCUCACUUCCACAUUCCGAUGUGCCUUACAGGCCGAUAAGCUACAGGCGGCUCGCAGGAUGGCGCAGGACCUGGCGGAAGAGGGCAGCGGCUUGUCAGUCGCCGCUGCAGCCCUACUCCGAGCUGCUUAUAACGGCAUCUGAGGACUCUUCAAGCCCACCCCUGUGUUCUGCUGUAAUCAGUUACCUGCCCUAAUCCCCCCUUUCACCGCCGUGCUGCUCUGCAUCUAACCCACGCCCUGGCACGAGCACGCAACUAGGGUCAGUGUCGCUGAAUUGUGAAAAGCCAGAAGGGCUCGAUGGCACCUUACCAUCCAGGCUACGAUCCCAGUACGCUUCCCAGCCAUAAAAAGGUCGACGCAGCCGUUCGAGACGGCUUUUGUCUUUUUGCUUCAAGACUUCCACAACCGCCGCCGCGCCACGUACCCACCUUUGAAUGCCCCAAUUGACAUCAAUGGCCAUGAUCUUCAC